GCUGCGUCGCCGCUGAAACCAGAUCCAGCGGCAGCAGAGUGUUGGGAUAUGGAGUGUGAGCGGUGAGGCUGGCCGGGACAUGUCUGAGUAGAAAGCUGCGCUAUUUUUCCAACACGUACAGCUCUAACUCCACGCGUUGAAGAUGGGACAGUGCGGCAUCACGUCCUCGAAGACGGUCCUGGUCUUUCUGAACCUGAUAUUCUGGGCUGCUGCCGGCAUCCUCUGCUAUGUUGGAGCCUACGUCUUCAUUACAUACGAUGACUAUGAUCAUUUCUUUGAGGACGUGUACACUCUCAUCCCAGCAGUGAUCAUCAUUGCAGUUGGAGCCCUCCUUUUUAUUAUUGGGCUCAUAGGAUGCUGCGCUACAGUGAGAGAGAGCUACUGUGGACUUACAACGUUUGUGAUCAUUCUCCUGCUGGUUUUCGUGACUGAAGUGGCAGUGGUGGUUCUUGGAUAUGUUUACAGAGCAAAGGUUGAAAAUGAAGUUAAUAGUUCUAUCAAGAAAGUGUAUGAUGAGUACAAUGGCACCAACAGCAACGCCCAGAGCCGUGCCAUCGACUACGUUCAGAGACAGCUUCAGUGCUGUGGGAUCCAUAAUUACUCAGACUGGCAGAAUACACACUGGUAUGAAGAGUCCAAAAAUAACAGUGUACCCAUCAGCUGCUGCAAAACUAACAUUGGAAGCUGCACAGGGUCUCUAACUCAUCCUGAAGAUCUUUACCAAGAAGGCUGUGAGGCUCUGGUUGUGAAGAAGUUGAAGGAGAUCAUGAUGUAUGUCAUCUGGACUGCUCUGACAUUUGCUGCCAUCCAGAUGCUGGGGAUGCUGUGUGCAUGUGUCGUGCUGUGCCGCAGAAGCAGAGAUCCUGCUUAUGAGCUUCUUAUUACAGGGGGCACCUAUGCAUAAAGGAGAAGACAUUUCUUACCAUAACACACACUUUCAGAAUUUACAUGUGUCAUUGGUGAGAGCAUGAGAAUAAUCCAUUACCGCACUAACCUUACCACUCUAACCACACUAAACGUAUAUAUCUUCCUCAUUUUUCGAAAAACAAAACAGAAAAGAAAGAAAAAAAGCUUAUGACCAAAUUCUUUCAUGGUCAAUGAGACUGAGAUGCGGAAAGCAUUUUGUUGAAGGGGUUAAACCUCAUUCUUACCAAACUUAAACUCUAUUAGUCAUGUAUGGAGUAAAAUGUGGACAGGGUAAUUUCCUCAUGUGUUAGUUUGCACUAUGUGUAUGGCUUUGAAAUCUUUUAUAUUUAAACUUGUCAAGUACUUGAAUGAAAGAGUGUAUAAUUUCACCCUGUACCUCCACUACUAUUACUACUGCUACUACUACUCUACUUAUACUACUACUAUUACAGUUCAGUUUUGGUUAAAACCUCAACUUUCACCAGCAGUAUUCUGUCAAGAAGUUGUAGACACCAUAGCCCAAGUCGAUGGCACGGCAGGUUUUUGUGUGUAAACCGUGAAACUUAACUGGCUUUGGCUUAGCUCAUUUUUCCUUUAAGAAUCAAACCUUGUAAUCCCCUUUAGUAUGUGGGAUAUUUCAAGUAGUAAUAGUGGACACAAGAUAGAUGUUGUCCCGUAGCUGUUUUGUUUGUCUGUGUCUCAACAGUCUGCCGCUGGUAGUUUUAGAAUUUGAUUUGCUGAUUAUGUAGGAACAUGAAGACUCGAGAAUGUAAAUAAAAUAUGAGGUGAAAGUUUGAAA